GAUGCCGGCAGUAAUUUAGAGCCUGGGGAUAUUGAGGAAAUCAACAACAAGCUCUGUAUUGUGUGCCCAAAGCACAAGUAUAAGAUCACUCUGGCUGAAGGUGAGGGGUUAUACAAGGCCACCAACCCCGCAGAAAAAGUCCCUACUCCACAGUGGUAUUCCAAAGGCAUAAAGCAGAGAGUGCACAAAGUGACAGAAGUAGACGAAGACAUCUUUGUGACGUUGUCCAACUUCCCUGGGUGGAUUGAGUCAGACUAUUAUCAGACUGAGAAGGGCAGGGCAGAACUGAGAAAAGCACAGGAGUCGGAGGAUGGAGAAGCAGACGUGAAUGCAGAUGAAGACGUUUAGUCUGUCAGCAACAGUGAGACGAGCGCUUCAGGGAUCCUAAGGGAACUGCAUAUAUUAAGAUUGAUGAUUUCAGAGUCAGUCGGCAUGAAUAUAACUGCGAUUUGACAUCAUGAAUCAAAAUAAUAUCAUAGCCCUUUUUUGUGACAGUGCCAGGAUCUCUCUACAUCUCCAUGAUUCAC